UAAUAUUAAAACUUAACUAAAAAAAGUUAGUCUUUUUAAAAUACAAUUAUAAUCUACUUUUUUAGUUAGAUUAAACAGAAUAAAAACCUAACAAGAUAUGUCAGAAUUUAAUAUAUUUAAUUCAGAAGAUUUUAAAUAUUAAAAAUUUAAUUAAACUGAUCAAUCUCAAGAAUAUAGAAGAGCAAAUACAGAUUAAUUAGAAUUUAAUGAUUCUGACGUUUAUACAUCUGAUGAAGAUGAUUGUGAUUUUUCAGAUGAUAAUAAUAGAUAUUAUUUUGAUGAAGACGAUCAUCAACAUAACUAGACAUAAUUUUAGAAAGAACAACUUUAAUUAUAAAUAAAUAAAAGUAAUUUAGAAAAAAUACAAAAAGAAGCAAAAGAUGUAGAAUAUAAAAUUCAAAAUUCAAUUAAAUAAAAAGAAAUUGGAUUUAGAAAUAUAUUUAAAUUAUUGGUUUCUAAAAAAAAAAAAAGAUUCGAUUAUGAUGGAUAUUCUUUAGAUUUAACAUAUAUUACUGAAAGAAUUAUUGCAAUGGGUUUUCCAGCUGAAAACUAUGAAAAAAUGUACAGAAAUUCAAUGUCUGAUGUAUAAAAAUUUUUUAAUAAUCGACACAAAGCACAUUAUAAAAUAUAUAAUUUAUGUAGUGAAAGAAAAUAUGAUAUAUAAGCUUUCGGUGGAAUGGUAGCAUAAUAUCCAUUUGAUGAUCAUUAAGCUCCUAGUUUAUAAUUAAUAUACAGAUUUUGUAAAGAUUUAGAUUAGUGGCUUAAUGCUAAUAGUAAUAAUGUGGCUGGAAUUCAUUGCAAAGCUGGUAAAGGAAGAACAGGAGUAAUGAUUUGUUGUUAUUUAAUGUAUAGUAAACAACAUGGAACUGCUAUUGAUGCUUUAAGGUAUUAUGGAAUGAUGAGAACAUAAAAUAAAAAAGGAGUAACUAUACCAAGCUAAAUAAGAUAUGUGCUUUAUUUUGAAAAAAUAUUACUCUCUAAGUGGAAAUUAGAUUAAAUACCAGAUAUUGAAAUUAGAUUAACAAAAAUUAAACUUUUAACUGUUCCUAAUUUCGGUAUUUUAGGAGGGUGCUAACCUUUUUUUACAAUUACAUGCAAAUUGAAAAAUGUUAAGUAUUUUUCAAAAGAUUUUAUUAAAAUUUAAAAUUAUAAAAAUGAGGCUUAUAUAGAAUUUAUAAUAGAUGAAAUAAAGGUAAAAGGAGAUGUUUAAAUAUAAUUUUUUCAUAAAGCUUUAUUAAAAAAAAAAUAAAAAAUGUUUUAAUUCUGGUUUAAUACUGCCUUUUUUGAAUAAAACGGUGUUAUAGUUAUUGAUAAACAUAU